UUCUCUCCUACGCGUAACGCCUCCGACACACCUUCGCCUGCAACAUGCCCAUCCCCCCCAAACCGAUCCAUCGUCAUUACCUGGCCACUUGUGGCAGGCGGUCGGUCACAAGGCCGCAUAUACAGCCAAGACGCCGCUGCGACCUUGCCGGCCUUGGUCGACCAUCUGAUGGCGCCGUCCUGUCACAGCUCGCUGCACGCCGCCCUAAACCAUGUCACGGACACACCUCCCACCACACAGACGAUGCACCCAGCCCGGCUAGCUCUGACAUAAUGCAUUCGAUCGACCUACACACGCUUGCCCUGGGAGCUGGAGCGGAUGGCGGGCGCUGUCCAUCCAGCCAGCCAGCGGUCCCUGUCUUCGUCUCCUUCCCCGCUGUCAUCGUUGGAUCGUCGUCGUAUGGCUUCAGCUGCAACCCCCAACCAAACCCAUCCUCUUUCUCCUUCUCCUCCAGCUGAGACAACGCCUACACCUUUGCUCCCGUACACCCUACAAGUUACAGUCAAUUACCUGGAACAGCUCUUCUCAGACGACGUCCGCCUUUCAGCCUCGAACCCCGUCAGCCUACCAACCACUGCACUGCCAAGGCAGCACUAAUACCGUGCUCAAGUCACGUUGCUCGUAGCAUCGACCCAAGUGACCGUCCGCCUUUGCCGGAGGCAAGAGACAGGCAGACAGAAAGAGUGACAGACUGACUGAGAGACCAAAGACGACACGGCCGUAUAAAUACCUCGAGGCUACGCCCAAUCCGCCAUCAUGACGGGACAAGACGAGGAUAGCAAGACCGCCGCCGCGUACGCAGACGAGAUGCAGAAACGAACCCGCAAAGAACGUCGCUUCGACGAGGUCGAGGCUCAGCUUCCCAACCCCCGCGUCCCGACCCUCCAGUCAGCCCUGAUGACGGCCAACGGCCUGCUCUCGCAUCUCGGAAGCUACAAUCCCUGGGGCAGACCCGUGACCGACGACGACAUUGUCUGGCUCCUCGACAACACGGCAUACAAGCCCUCUCGCCUGGGCAGCUGGCAGGCCGAGUUCGUCGCCGCCAUCUUCGAAAAGGAGCCCAAGUGCGCCGUCGUCGACAUCGUGCAGGGCGUCGCCCAGAAGCUCGGCCUCGCUGACGACGCCGAGGAGCUGCAGACGAUCGAGGAGAGGAUACUGCCGUUCCUCUGGGAUGUGCAGCCCUCGCGCCUCCUCCGGGUCGUGCACCAGAAGAGGGAGCUCAAGCUAGGCCCCUCGGCGACGAACGGCAUCAGCACCGACACGCUCAAGGUCCAUGAGCAGCCGUCCGGCACGGCAGUGACGUCGAGCGCCGCCGUGCCGCGGGGCGCGACGGGCUUAUUGGAGAUGCAGACGUACUUCGCUGCGCCAGAAGGCUGGGCCAUCAUUUCAGAUGUCGACGACACGAUCAAGCUGACGCAGACGAGCGACCCCAUCGGCAUCCUCCGCGAAACGUUUGUCAACGAGCCGACGCCCAUCGAGGGCAUGCCGGAGCUGUACAGGAACAUCAAGGCGUUGCUGCCGCAAGAGGCGCCGUGGUUCUACCUCUCGGCCUCCCCAUACAACCUCUACCCGUUCCUGCGCGAGUUCCGCGACAAGUACUACCCUCCGGGAACCAUCAUCCUCCGCGACUCGAGCUGGAAGACGGUGGCGGGCCUGUUGUCGGCGUUAACCAUGGCCACGGAGGAAUACAAGGUGGAACGCAUGAGAAAGGUGCACGGUUGGCUGCCCAAGAGGAAGUUCAUCCUCAUUGGCGACUCGACGCAGUCCGACCCCGAGGCCUAUGGCAACAUUUAUCGCGAGUUCAAGGGCUGGGUCAAGCUCAUUUUGAUCCGCAAGGUCACCGACAUUGCGGCUGUGGGUAUCUCGGCCAAGAACGAGCCGGAGCGAUUCGAGAAGGCGUUCAAGCACAUUCCUCGCGACGACUGGUUCGUGUUUGAGAACCCGGUCGACUGCAACAAGAUUAUCCGGGACACGAUUGCGCAAGAUGCUUAGACGAGCAUUGCCGCCGGAGGACACCCAGACACGGCGUCUUUGGGAUGAUGAAGCUUUGUUUUCUUCCUCAUCUCUUCUGGCCCAGGGGAACAUGAAUAUAUGGCUCAGUUUCUCCUCGUUCGAUUGAACACGACCAUCGGUAUCGACAUCCAGUUUUGAUAUCCGUCACGUAGCGAGCCUAGACCAAUUUGAGACAAAUCAAACCCAAUCGUCAUCCGC